ACAGGCAGAUGGACUAUGGACAGGGUUUUCUCGUGCCAGGCUGUGGCCUGGCAUCCACAGCCCCAAGGAGCCAGUGUGAAUUCAGUAAUCUCCAAGACACUGGGUUUCCUGUGCACUCUGACUACUAAUGAGCCACGUGCGCAUCGUGGCGCGCGAGCAGCGGGUGACGCACACAGAGCUAGUGUCAGCGUAGGCCUCAGGGCCGCACGACUGUCCUCCCGGACUUCCGCUUCUCAGAGGGGGCCGACUCCUCGCACACCCCCAGCCACAAACGCCCACGAAGAACGAGGGAACAACACGCGUAACUCGCGGAGCCGGAGAGUGACCUUCCUCAGCGCGGCCUGGGGGGCGAGGCUCGGAAGGCCCCGCCCUACGCUGCCAUUGGCUGAGUCCCCGUGUCCUUUCAAAACCUCGAUUUUCAUUGGCUUAUGCGGCCCCGCCCGCGCUGCCGGAGACAUAAGGGGGCCGCCGCCCGCGCGCGAGCUGCGCGUGCGCAGGGCGGGUGAGAGCGCCGUGAAAGCCGCGGAACGCCGUGCACCUCCGCGACUCUACUACGGCAAGCUAGUCCGGACGGGUCGUCGUCCCCGCGCGCCACCAGCCCUUGGUGAAACGACAGGGAGCGUCCGGCUUCCCCAGCACCGCCCUGCGAGACUCAAAACAGCCACACCGCAAAGCGAGCCUCGGGCGGAAGGAGGCGGAGCUUCAGGCGGCCCCGCCUCCGCGGAAGGAUACACAUCUCCGUGGUCCAAAACCCCGGGGCGAGGCGGCCGGGGCGUGUGA